AUGGCAUAUGAAUCGCACAAAGCAAUAUGGUGGUAUACACGUGAGUCAUUUUUGUAUCGCCUGAUGAAUAAGGCAUUGCGUGUACGAAACACGGAAUUAAUUUUUCUAUUUCGAACUGUUAUUCGAGAUAUAUACGAACAAUUGGUUGUUCAUCAAUGUCAAAAGCGUGUCAUUGUAUAUCGUGGUCAAAUUUUAUCGAUAAUGGAAUAUAAAAAGUUAGAAAAAUCAUGUGGAUCAAUAAUUUCAUUGAAUUCAUUUUUAUCGACAUCAUUAAAUCGUAGAAUAGCCGAAAGAUUUGUUCAAAAAAAUAUGCAUUUAUGUGCAUCGGGUGAUUAUGUAGUUGUUAUUUUUGAAAUUGAAGCUGAUCCUAGUGUAGUUGGUACGAUGAAGAAUGGGAAAAAUCGCCGACCAUUUGCACAAAUUGAUGAACUAAGUUAUUAUGGAGAAGAAUCAGAAGUAUUAUUUAUGCUUGGUUCUAUAUUUCGAUUGAAUGAGAUUAUUUCUCAUAAUCAAUCAUCAUCAUUAUCAGUUGAUGGAACAAUGUCAACAAUAAUCAUUCGAAUGACAUUAUGUAGUGAUGAUGAUGACAAUGAUCUCAAACAACUGUAUGAUCAUCACAUGAAGAACGAAUACGACAGAGAGGAAACGAAUCUUCUCUCUCUUGGUGAUGUGUUAAGAAACAUGGGAAAAUUCGAUUUGGCCGAAAAGUACUAUCGUCGAUGGUUGAGCGAACU